AUGGCCAACCCAACCCCCGACGACAAGCCGGAACCCGUUUCCAUCACACCCCUCCUCCAGCGGCUGGCAUACCCCGCUACGGCAGGAGUCCAGGUCUCUGCAGAGGAAAUUGCGGCCGCAUUCGCGCUCAUCUUUGAGGACCGGAUCUCAGUCAUACAGACUGCAGCUCUGCUGACCCUGCUACAUUCGACGGGAAAAGACCGGGAAUCCGAUGUCAUAGCAAAAUGCUCGCAUCGCAUGAGGGAGGCUGCCAGCAAGGUUGAGAAGAGUUCUUUGAAAAGUGUAGUCAGAGCUCGUGGGAAAAAAGAGGGUCUGUACAGAGGCGGACUAUGCGACAUUGUCGGCACGGGGGGUGACUCACACUCCACCUUCAACAUCUCUACGACCGCCUCAAUCAUAGCGUCGCCACUCCUGAUGAUGGCGAAGCAUGGGAACCGGGCUCAGACUUCAUUCUCAGGAUCCGCUGAUGUGUUGACCGCAAUCUCUCCCGUUCCGCCGAAGAUCACUGCCGUCAAUGCAGGGAACCUUCCCAAAGUGUAUGAGGAGACCAACUACGCCUUCCUCUUCGCCCCCAAUUUUCACCCUGGCAUGAUGUACGCCAACCCUGUGCGCCGUGGUCUCGGUAUCAGGACAAUCUUCAACCUGAUGGGACCUCUUGCCAACCCCGUGGACUUCGCGUUGGAAGCCCGUGUGGUGGGUGUGGCGUACCAGAGUCUCGGGCCUGUCUUUGCAGAGGCCCUGAGGCUGAGCGGAGCGAAGAAAGCGCUGAUCGUCUGCGGAGAAGAAGACAUGGACGAGAUCAGCUGCGCGGGCAAGACAAACUGUUGGAGACUCUCCGAGUAUCCCAACCCAGCAUUCAAACCGUCUUCCGAGAAGGAGGACGAGGAUGAGAGCACCAGCGAUGACGAGGCUCCUCCGCGCACCCUUGUGAAGUUGGAGACGUUCCAGCUUCACCCGUCAGAUUUCGGGUUACCUACUCAUCCUCUGACGGACGUCUACAGCCGAAAGAUGCCCAAGGACAACGCCGCGAAGCUCAUGAGCAUCCUGCGCAACGAGCUGCCUCGCGACGAUCCCAUCCUGCACUUCGUCCUUAUGAACGUGGCCGCUCUUUUGGUGACUUCUGGUAUCUGCGAGUCGGAUACCAGUAACAUGGGCCCCGGGGACGACGGUAAAGUCAUCACGGAGCGUGGUCCUGGUGGCGGACGUUGGAAGGAAGGGGUCCGGAGGGCCCGCUGGGCCAUCGAAAGUGGCGAAGCAUUGAAGUGUUUAGAACGGUUUAUCGAGGUUACGAACAGGUUGUAA